GGGGCCAGGACUGGGCAACAGGACUCUCCCGCCAGGAGCCUCGGGACUCCCCUUCCAGAAGCCAUGCUGGCGAGGCUGCCGCUCGCCCUCCUGUGGAGCACCGCCUGCUGGGCAGCACAGAUGUACGGGAACGGAGGCGGCCAGUACUUCUGCACGACCAAGGACCCUGAGUACGAACUCUCCGGAAUCCGGGUGACUCUAGGCCCCCUGGGCAUAAUGAGGAGUGUCCAGGUGAAAAAUGGACCCUCCUGGGACACCGUGUACGGUAACAAGAUACCGGGAAAGACCGAGGAAUUCCUCCUGGCUCCGGGAGAGCACAUCAUAGAGAUGUGGGGCUCCUACAAAGCGUUCCUCUGGUCCUUGGGCUUCUACACGGAUAGAGGCCGCUAUGCCAUAUUUGGGAAGGACGAGGGUUCGAACUUCAUCGCCUACCCGGACGACGACCAGAAGGUGCUCACAGCCAUCUGUGGCCAGUAUAAGAUGUUAGGCCUCACGGGCCUCAUCUUUGACUGGGAUUAUAUCUGGGAAGAGGAGCAAGGAAACGCCACUGCCCCAGAGAGAUGACUCCUCCUGGGCCCCAGGGAUGGGACUUCGGUCAACCUGCUGAGGCCACCCGGCUAGUGCUGGGCUGACGGCACUGAGGUAGCAGAGUCUGGACCCCAAAUUGAUUGGAAUCCACAAUCCACAAAUAAAUAAAGCUUCUGCAAGAA